CCUUGAUCUGUUAGUUGUUGAGCGCGCAGUCACGCUUGCCAGUCCAUUCGGAGAAGAUCGCUAGGUUGCGCGCGAGGCAAUUAAAACCUGUUUUGCGCCCAAGCUUUGGUUAGACAGAGGCUAAAGCGCCUUUUCUUCCGGCGCGGCAACUGUGCAAGCUGGCUGGCUUGUCUCUAAGGGCGUACUGGAGGUGUUCUAAUGUGUGCGUCUGCGUAGACAUCAAAAAGCUUCUGAUCUUCGCACGGGUUGGAGUCCAUGACCAUCAUCACACCUUCUUGUGCGCGCGCUUGUUCGACUCGACUAUAGAUCAUUCGUCAUGGCCUCGCUCGCACGUACUGCCGUUCGUCCGGCUUUGUCGGCUGGAAUGGUAAUGCCAUCUGCUGCUGUUCGUGUUUCGGCAACUGCUGGUUUCCAUUCUUCCGCAACACAGAUGAGCACUUUGCGUGAAUUGGAAGGAAGAAUCAAGUCUGUCAAGAACAUCGAAAAGAUUACAAAAUCCAUGAAAAUGAUUGCUUCUACCAAAUUGGCAAAAGCUCAACGUGCAAUGCAUGCUGCCAAAGCUUACGGUCAAACAAACGAUGAAGUUUUCAAAAAUGCUGAAGCCAAACAAAGCGAAGGCGGUAAUCAACUAUACGUCGUCGUUUCUUCCGAUAAGGGAUUGUGCGGUGGUAUUCACUCUUCCGUAUCAAAACGUACAAAGACUGAAUUGAAACAAAUUGGAGGUGCUGCAGGAUCUGCUGACAGUUCCGAAGGACCUAGACUUGUCGUUUUGGGUGACAAGGCCAAAGCACAAUUGUCUCGUUCUUUGGGUAAGAACAUUGCCAUCUCUUUCAACCAAGUCGGCAAGGAUGUUCCCACAUUCGCAGACGCAAGUGCCAUUGCUGAUAAGAUCAUCGCUAGCGGUGUCAAAUUCGACCAAGUCAACAUCGUCUACAACGCAUACGUUUCCGCCAUUUCUUUCGAAUCUAACAUCUUGACCGUUUUCGGUGAAGAGGCUUUGCGCAACGCUGCCAACUUCAACGCAUACGAACAAGAAGAUGAUACCACAAAGGACUUGGCUGAAUUCGCAUUGGCAAACGCAAUCUACGCAGCUUUGGUCGAAGGACAUGCCGCUGAAAUUAACUCCAAGCAAAACGCUAUGGACAACGCAUCCAAGAACGCCGGAGAAAUGAUUCAAACUUUGGGAAUGGCUUACAACCGUGGUCGUCAAGCACAAAUUACCAACGAUUUGAUUGAUAUCAUUACUGGUGCUUCCGCCUUGUAAGCAACAGGAGAAGAAUGAGGAGAGACCCAUGUGGUCAAUUUUACACUACACUUAUAAUCAGUAGAGGAUUGAUGUUUGUACAGUCCUUUUGUUCAUACAUCAAUCAAUGUGAAUGAAAUGCAAAUCGAUACAGAAACAGAUGGUGUUGUGAUGAAUGGUAGUAUACAUUGAUAUUUUACAGAUUCCGUUCGGAAGGCUUACUUCUCGAUCUUGUCAUCGAGACCACUACGGCGUUUCUGAGUGGUCUGUCUCUCCUCGUGUAAUUCGUCCAUUUGACGUUUACGUAUUUCUUCAUCUUGACUGAAUUGAAAGAAGCCUGCACCUCUAUGUCUUUUCUCCGAACGUGAAUCAAAAUGAUCAGGACCUGAACGUUUGUAGGAUGCUAUACCUUCUUUAUUUCCCAUCUCACGGGCUCUUUGCGUAGGA